UUCAUUGUUGAGGUUCCUAAGUGCUGAACUAACAAGAGGGUACUUCCUCGAACAUAACGAGGCCAAGUAUACAGAAAGAAGAGAAAGAGUAUACACUUGUAUGCGAAUACCACGAGAAUUGGAGAAGCUCAUGUUUUUUGGAAUCUUUCUGUGCCUGGAUGCAUUUUUGUAUGUGUUCACCCUGCUUCCUUUAAGAGUUUUCCUGGCAUUAUUCAGGCUCCUCACUUUGCCUUGCUAUGGCUUAAGGGAUAGACGUUUGCUUCAGCCUGCCCAGGUGUGUGACAUUUUGAAGGGUGUCAUUUUGGUAAUCUGCUAUUUUAUGAUGCACUAUGUUGACUACUCCAUGAUGUACCACCUGAUAAGGGGGCAGUCAGUCAUCAAGCUCUACAUCAUCUACAACAUGCUGGAGGUUGCUGAUCGUCUGUUUUCAUCUUUUGGACAAGAUAUAUUAGAUGCUCUCUAUUGGACAGCAACAGAACCUAAAGAAAGAAAAAGAGCCCAUAUUGGGGUGAUUCCUCACUUUUUCAUGGCCGUUCUCUAUGUCUUUUUGCAUGCAAUUCUUAUAAUGGUUCAAGCAACAACUCUCAAUGUAGCUUUUAACUCACACAACAAGUCGCUGCUUACUAUCAUGAUGUCUAAUAAUUUUGUUGAAAUUAAAGGAAGUGUUUUCAAGAAGUUUGAAAAGAACAAUCUCUUUCAAAUGUCAAAUAGUGAUAUUAAGGAACGGUUCACAAAUUAUGUGCUUUUGCUAAUAGUGUGUCUAAGAAACAUGGAACAGUUUUCUUGGAAUCCAGAUCAUCUCUGGGUAUUGUUUCCAGAUGUCUGUAUGGUGAUUGCAUCAGAAAUUGCUGUGGAUAUUGUAAAACAUGCCUUUAUCACCAAGUUCAAUGACAUUACAGCCGAUGUCUACAGUGAAUACAGAGCCAGCCUUGCUUUUGACCUUGUUAGCAGCCGGCAGAAAAAUGCUUAUACUGAUUACAGUGACUCUGUAGCACGGAGAAUGGGCUUUAUUCCUCUCCCAUUAGCUGUUUUACUCAUCAGAGUUGUAACAAGCUCAAUUAAAGUGCAAGGAAUCCUGUCUUAUGCCUGUGUCAUACUCUUCUAUUUUGGGUUGAUAUCCCUGAAAGUACUUAAUAGCAUCGUGCUGUUGGGGAAAUCAUGCCAAUAUGUGAAGGAAGCCAAAAUGGAAGAAAAGUUGUUUAAUCCUCCCCCAACCAGCAUGCCAGGCAAACCAUCCAGUAAAUCACAGAGCAAAUGUAAAUCCUCUCAAGGCCUGUCCAUGGAAGAAAACCUGUCUGCUUCAGUCACCAGCCAGCCUGUUCAUCAAAAGGAAAAUGUUAUACCGUUACUUGUGACAAGCAGUUCUGAUCAGUUUCUGACAACUCCAGAUGGUGAUGAGAAGGACAUAACGCAGGAAAAUUCUGAAUUAAAACACAGGUCCUCAAAGAAAGAUUUGUUAGAGAUAGACAGGUUCACAAUUUGCGGAAACCGAAUUGACUGAAUUGUGUGGCUCCAUGUGCUGAAGAUGCUGGUCGUGGGGCAGCAAGUGCUGUGCUGCCAGGAUGGACAGAUGCUAAAAAUGCACUUAAAUAUUUAUUUAAAAACUUAAAUUAUUAAUGGCAAGCAAAUCUUAGUAUUUUUCUUCCAAUAAUGUGGUCUGGCUGAAGGUCAGAUCAUGGAACAGCAGCAGCCUCCAGCCUUGACUCUCUGGGAAACUUGAUGGAUUAUGAAACUUUCUACUGCUUGGCCAAGCAGCAGCGUCACUUCUGGGACCUGAAUGAAGCAACAUGAAAAUCUCUUUUGCUUUAUCAGUUUGGGCUUCCAGAAUGUUGAAUUUUGCCUCAAGGCCUUGUCAGUGUAAGGAUAUACCAGGAAAACUGUGGAGCUUUUACCAUGACAUUACCUUUCCAGUCUCAUACUAUUUUCACAGCUUUCAAACUUUACUUCAUCUGCCAAAGCGUUAAAAAAAUUACUAAAUAUAUGUCAAGAUAAAUGUUCUUACCACCAGAAUAAUCCUUGAAGUUGUACCAGAAUUAAUCAGAAUAAAAGGCUACCUUAAAUAAGAUAUGAUGAAUAGUAGCAUUUAUAGAAAACAACAACAACAAAAACCCCUAAGCCAGUUCAUUUAUUUAAAAAAGUUAAUUAAUGAAGGUUAUACAUCACUGAGAAAAUGUUUCAUAAUUUUUCAGUUUAUUCUUUAAAGCGAAAUGUGAGCUGUGUGUCAUUUAAUUGCAGUGGAUGAAAUAGAAAUUUCAUUACAAAAAGGUACUUUUUAUAUUGAAAAAAGCAGAGCAGUGUUAACUUUAAGGUAUACUUAACUGGUUUUGCUUUAAAACUAAUUGCUUCAUAAAUUAUUACAGCUAAAAGGAUUUGGUAUUUAAGAGGCUGAAAAUUGUCAAUGUACAAAAUUCAAAACUGUCCACUUUCGCUGAAUUUGUUUAAGUAUCAGUUUUAAAGUAAAUGUUCCAAGUGGAUUGGGCAGCAUCAUCUUGCUUGGGCUUAUAAAAUGUGUUGGUCCUGUUUGGAUAUCCUGUGCUGGGGUGUGACAGGCCCGUGACAUUGGUAGAGGACCUUGUGUGAAGUCAAUAGGGGUAUUUGAGACAUGGGGGUGGCUAUUUGUGUGUGGAUGUUGGGAACAGCAACCAAAAAGUGCUUUUUGGUUUUGUUUGAGAUCAAGAUUCCAUUUCUGCUUAAUUAUUGGUCUGUGGCCUGCAUCAUAGGACAAGUUAUUCACCCCAUUUUAUCUUGGGAAUCCAUUCUGCAUCUCUAUAAAAAUUUUACAACUUCAUGUGUAAACACUUCUCAUUUCAAAAUUGUCUAGAAGAUGGUAAUAUUAACUGUUAUUUCCUUUGAUGUUUUGAUUUUGAAGUUCAGCUCUUGUGCCGAUAUUUCAGGCAUGUAUGUGCAGAAGGCAAAUUUUAUGUGAUUUGUUUAUUUCCUGGGUGAAAUAUAAUGCAAGCUUUAAUGUUUUGGCAUGUUCAUUUGAAAUCCAAAAGUGAAUUUUAAUGUUUUGCAUUAACUGAAGAAAUCUGAAAAUUGAUGUUGAGGAAACUGUACAGACAUGCCUUAUGAAACCAGGAAAUAUUUUAAGUUAAAAAUGAAAAGAUUUUUAAUUGUUUCAUGUAUGUUUCAGUGGAGCCCAAUUUAGAAUUAUUUUUUCCAUCUCCUUUUCAACAAUGAAAGGAAUAGUGUCCGUGGUCAAUGGAAAUAUGACUAGUUUGUGGACAGCUUUGCCAAACAUAGCCCUGAUCAGAGCAAGAACAUGGUUUGGACAUAUCUUUCAAUCCUGCUUGACUUACUCUGUUAUUGUGCUGUCAUUUGCGGAAGAUUUUCAUUUCCUUAGCAGAUGCUGUUGGGAAUUCAGGAUGAUGUUCAUUUCUUCUGUUAUAAUGGCAUUCAGUACUAAUUUUAUAAGUGCAUCUUGUGUGAACCUCAAUAAAUUCAAUUUUGUAAUCUUUUUUAAAAA